AGCACAGAGAGAGGAAUGAAAAUCAAGGAGAGCGAAAGCGUUUGUGUUUCUUCGAAUUUCAAGCGUUUUUGACUCUCUUUGUCUAGUUUUAGGGUUAGGGUUUGUAGAUUUUGCUCCAAUUUCAGAGCUUUCUUUUUCCAAAUUGCCCAUUUCAACUCAAGAAAUUUGUUUCUUUAUUUGUACAUAUUGUAGCUCAAAUUCUUCCUGCAACAUCUAAUUUCUUGGCUUCUUGUGCUUUUCCUCUGAUAAAUACAAAUUCUUCUGAAUUGGGUCUCAAUUGUUUCAUAGAGUUAUAGGUUCCUUGAAAAAAUUCUUUGGUCUUUGAGAAAAAAGUGAAAAUUUCGCGUGUAUAAGGGGGAACUGUUGGGUUAUUAGGCGAAUUUUCUGGGUUUUUAAGGGAAAUUAGAGGGUCACAAGGGAACUUUUGGUUUCGUGAGGAAAAUUGUUUGCUUUGUUGAGAAAAUUACUGGGUGUUAGACAAAAUAUCUGGGUUUUUACAGAAUUGUUUCCUGGGGAAAGUUAGUGGCUGUUGUUCUAUUGGGUUCUUCUAAAUAUUUGAUCUUGACCUGAUAAAAUCCAUUUCCAUGGUGGUCUCGACGAUUGCUCUCUAUGCGAGUCCACCAGGUAGCGUCUGCUCAACGCCGCACCAGCUCAACAUCAACGCCCACUCGUCCUACGAAUGUGAGUUGAAUUCAAGAUCUUCAUCUUCAGCGUCUACGACGAUGGCAUCUUCCUCGCAGAGAUCGAUUGUUGGUGGGCUUUCGUGCCUCUUCUCAUCGCCCUCUGUGAAGCACUCGUCCUCCUCGAGCUACUCUCCUGCUGGAGAGGAUUUGGGAUCGUACAGAGGAGAGGAGCUGAGCAGUUCUUUUUGCUAUUCGUCUAGUAAAUUCAGUGGGUCGUUCUUGAAAAACCAUCAGAGCCCAGUGUCUGUAUUUCAAGGUCCAUUUUCAUGCAGUAGCAGCAGCCCUCCGAUGAGGAUAGCGCGGGAAAAGUGUGGGGAUGUGAAUUUUCAGGGCUCGUUUCGUGGAGGUGCUAGUGGAUUAUUCAAUGGAUUCGUGAGGAAUGCACUGGGGUCGUGUGUUGAUUAUGGUUCUCCGAGCUUUGAGGUGGAUAAUGUUGGUAUUGUUGAUGAAUUGACAUUCAACAUGGAUGACAGUGUUGCUGAAUUAAAUUUGGAGCCCUAUGCUAAAGAUUUGCUUUCCAGUGCUCAAUUAAGGCACAAAAUAUUUUCUGAUGAUUUUGUGGUGAAGGCUUUUCAUGAAGCUGAGAAGGCCCAUAGGGGGCAGAUGCGUGCCAGUGGUGAUCCUUACUUGCAACAUUGUGUGGAAACUGCAGUUUUGUUGGCUUCAAUUGGGGCUAACUCUACUGUAGUUGCAGCAGGGCUUUUACAUGACACACUUGAUGAUUCCUUUUUGAGCUAUAACAAUAUUUUCAGCACAUUCGGUGCAGGCGUUGCUGAUCUGGUUGAAGGGGUUUCCAAGCUUAGUCAACUAAGUAAGCUUGCCCGUGAGAACAAUACAGCAAGCAAAACUGUUGAGGCAGAUCGCCUGCACACCAUGUACCUUGCAAUGGCAGAUGCCAGGGCUGUCCUCAUUAAAUUGGCUGAUCGUUUGCAUAACAUGAUGACUCUAGAUGCGUUGCCUUUGGUGAAGCAGCAGAGGUUUGCUAAAGAGACUUUGGAAAUAUUUGCCCCCUUGGCCAACAGAUUGGGAAUCUCUAGCUGGAAGGAGCAACUAGAGAAUCUGUGUUUCAAGCAUCUCAAUCCUGAUGAGCACAAAGAACUGUCUUCUAGGCUUGAGAAGUCCUUUGAUGAAGCUAUGAUCACUUCUGCUAUGGAGAAAUUAGAGGGAGCUCUAAACAAAGAAGCAAUUCCUUACCAUGAUGUCUCUGGAAGACAUAAAAGUUUGUAUAGCAUAUACCGCAAGAUGUUAAAAAAGAGACUGAGUAUGGAUGGAAUUCAUGAUAUUCAUGGACUACGUGUUGUUGUCAAAAGUGAGGAAGAUUGCUAUAAUGCAUUGAGAGUUGUUCACCAGUUAUGGUCUGAAGUGCCUGGGAAGCUCAAGGAUUACAUUAUCGAUCCUAAAUUUAAUGGGUAUCGGUCCUUGCACACAGUUGUGAUGGGUGAAGAUAUGGUUCCACUUGAAGUUCAAAUUCGAACAAUGGAAAUGCAUUUGCAGGCUGAGUUUGGAUUUGCAGCUCAUUGGAGGUACAAGGAAGGUGACUCUGAGCACUCUUCAUUUGUGCUUCAGAUGGUUGAAUGGGCACGAUGGGUGGUGACUUGGCAUUGUGAAACAAUGAACAAAAACAGAUCAUCUAUUGACUUUGCUGAUUCUAUUAAGCCACCCUGCAAAUUCCCAUCUCACUCAGAAGAUUGCCCAUUUUCUUUCCAGUCUCACUGUGCCCAGGAUGGACCUGUUUUUGUCAUCAUCAUCGAAAAUGAUAAGAUGUCAGUGCAAGAAUUUUCUGCAAACUCAACAAUGAUGGAUCUACUAGAAAAUGCUGGCCGUGAUUGCAGUUCCAGAUGGUCUCCAUAUGGGUUUGCCAUUAAGGAAGAAUUGAGACCAAGGCUGAACAAUGAACCUGUUAGUGAUCCUACCUGCUUACUUAAAAUGGGUGAUGUGGUGGAGCUGACGCCUGCCAUUCCCGACAAGUCUUUGACAGAGUACAGGGAAGAGAUUCAGCGGAUGUAUGAUCGUGACCUUGUCCUCCCAGGCACAGCGCCUGCCACUACUGCUAACAUGGUCACCUUUAGAAGUUGACCGGUACUUAACUGACCCUUUAUAUACAAUCUUGUGUGUAAAUGAUAAUAUUUGUAUGGAACACCUACAUGGUUCUGUUACCUGGAAACAAUUCCUAAUAUAUAUUUAAUGGGGAAUGAAAUUAUUGCUUUCCA